AUGUACGCACAUCUUACAAACCACGUGCUACCGAGAAAGAUUUCCGAGAUCUCCUUCGAAGAUGUGGUGAAGACGCACAAAGAACUGCUCGAACUUAACAUAACAUCAGCCGUAGCCGCUUUCUACUCUCCUCAGCGAGACUGCGUUUUCAACUCGCUUCGCGAAAAUGAAAUUUCGGAUAGGUUCAUUCGAUAUGAUGACACGAAUCGGAGAACAAGUCCUGCCGGAUCCACUGCCUCUCUCGGUGUCAAUAUUGGAGUAAGGCAUCCCGCUCCGAAAGAGCUCUUCCUGUUCAACUUUGGGCUGCAUGCUCAAGAAGACGGUAGCUACGAGAGAGAUAUUCUGCGAAAAUGCGCUAAAGUCAAUUCAGCAAUCAACUCCUUAUAA